UACAAAAGCAAGGAAAAACCCUCUCUUGCCCCUAAAAUCGCAGCAAAACCCCCACAACAGCUGAAGCCAUGGUCAUCCAGCUGCAACUCAUUUCUGCGCCAUCUCAAUUCCACCAUUCGAAAAUCUCCAUAACUCCCCAAAAAGCUCAAAAUUUUCUUUCAUUCACUCCAUCGCUCAAACUCUGUCCUACUCUCCCCACAUUUCGGGCCCGAAUCCCUACCUUCAGCGGCAGCUUGAGAGCUGAAAGGCAAGGCAAAACCAUGAAGAAACUCGGAGAAAUCGAAACAGAAGCUGAAGAGGGACAGCUUGAGAAUGAAGAAGGGCAAGGUGUCUCGAAUGAUCGAGAAAAUGAAGAUGCUGAGGAGGAUGACGGAGCGGUUGAUGAAGAGUUUUCUCAUGCCAGUGCUUAUCGAGCCAGACGUGACGAGAAGGAUUACGACAGAGACCCCGAGCUCGCGGAUAUACUCGGCAGUUGCUUUGAUGACCCCAAGAAAGCACAAGCUAAGGUGGAAGAUAGGAUAAGGAGGAAGAGAAACAAGAUAUUGCAUACCAAGACUGGAUCGCCAACACCAAUGAAAGUUAUAUUCAAAAAGUUUGAUUUUUCAAACUCCUAUAUUUGGCUUGAAUUCUACAAUGCUCCAUUGCCACAAGACGUGACAUUGUUGUGCGAUACAAUUCGAGCAUGGUACAUCAUUGGCCGCCUUGGGGGCUGCAAUUCUAUGAACAUGCAGUUAUCUCAGUCUACCAUGGACAGUAAAAGACCAAGAUAUGAUGCUAUUAUGGGAGCAAAUGUGACGCCAACUACAUUUUACAACAUUGGUGACCUUGAGUUGCAAGAUAACCUUGCACGCAUUUGGGUAGACAUUGGAACAAAUGAACCAUUGCUUCUAGAUGUUUUGGUGAAUGCGCUAUCUUGCAUAAGUUCAGACUAUGUAGGCAUUAAAGAGGUUGUAUUUGGGGGUUCUGAAUUUCAGAAUUGGAAGGAAAAUCUGGGUUCAGAAUAUGCAGGUUGCAGUACUCACAAGAUUUGAUCAUGUCAUAUGCAACUAAGGUAAAUUUUUAGCUAAAAAAAGCAGGCAAUUGCACUUGAAAUGAAACUAUGUUGAUAGUUGCGUUACGGUAGAUUAUUCUUCUUAAUUACCUUCGAAUUUUAAUAACGUUAUCCUUCAUUCUUAUGAUAAUUGGGCAGUUAUCAUUUCUUCUAAGGCAUUGUUCAUAGCUGUAUAAAUAGUAUUAUUGUAAUUCCUGUAGCAUGUAGUAUUCUUUUCUUUAAUCUUGCUGACUUUAAGAUUCAUGGUGUCAAGUAGUGGCUGUCAUGAACUGCAAGAUGGAGGGGCUUGAUGAAUCCAAUGUAAAGGUACUUUUCAGGCCUUAGACUGAGAUUUUAUAAUUAAAUUGUUUUAAAAUAAAUGUUCA